AUGAAAUUGUGUGCUGUAACGUUGGUAACAAUUUUUCCCACAAUAGUGUUUGACUGUUUUCUUUCUUCUAUCCAAAUGCUUCAGAAACAUUUUCAGAAUAACCUUCCACAUAUUGACAAACACAAUAGAUUAUCAUUUGAUUGUUUAGAUCUAGAUUCAAAGGACUUUGUUAUGAUAAAUGAUUUACACAAAAUAUGGAGUAGAUACUUACCAUCUUUACCAUCUGGUCUACUGCGUACUAUUUUCAGAGAGUUUGACCAAGAUUGUGACGGUCGAGUUUCAUAUGAAGAUUAUCUACAUACUACAAAGUCUUGUAGUAAUAUGUAA